CUCUGGUUGCCACUUGCCGACGUGCCGUUGCACAAUAAACUUCAUCUGCUGUAGCGACCGCGUUUUCUUCCCCAUUCGAGAAGAGAAAGAAAACAAAUUCCUUAGUUUCGACUUUCUCAAAUGAUUCCCUUUGAAUCACUCCAGAAACGACCCCUUCAAUUUUUGAAUUGCAGGUGGAAGAGCUGGUCCUGUACUGCGAGUACUAACCAUGACGAAGAAGGCUUCGUUGUUAUCCAUACGCCAAGUGUUCUGGCUGAGUUGGAAGCUCGUGAUCGCUUUCACGAUUGGUCUCUGUGUAUUCGCUCUUCUUAGACUACAACACUCCCAAUCCCAACUCUUCUCCUCAUCUCGCAGAUAUCGAAUUCCAGAUGACAGCUUCGAAGGACCUCCAAAGAUUGCUUUCUUGUUUCUCGCGCGUCGAAACCUACCUCUCGAUUUUCUCUGGGGAAAUUUCUUCCAGAACGCUGAUGUGGCUAAUUUCUCGGUACAUAUUCACUCCGAGCCUGGGUUUAUGUUCGACGAAACAACCACGAGGUCGCCUUUCUUUUACAAUCGCCAAUUGAGCAAUAGCAUCAAGGUGGCAUGGGGAGAAUCAAGUAUGAUUCAAGCUGAGAGAUUGUUACUUCGAGCAGCUCUUGAGGAUCCAGCAAAUAGGAGAUUUGUUCUCUUGUCGGACAGCUGUGUUCCUUUGUACAACUUUAGCUAUAUAUACGACUAUCUUAUGGCUUCUCCAAGGAGUUUUGUGGACAGCUUUCUUGAUAAAAAGGAAGACCGCUACAACCCGGAGAUGUCACCUGUCAUACCACUGAACAAAUGGCGUAAAGGAUCACAGUGGGUCACUUUAGUUCGGAGACAUGCAGAAGUAAUUGCAAAUGAUGAGGUCAUCUUUCUUGUCUUCAGGAAAUCUUGCAAGAGACGCCCACCCAUAGAUGCGAGUAAGGGAAAGCUGAAUAUUAAACUUCAGAAGCAGCACAACUGUAUCCCGGAUGAACACUAUGUGCCAACAUUACUCGCAAUGAGUGACCUUGAAGGUGAACUUGAACGAAGAACAGUGACCUACACUUCAUGGAACCAUUCUGCCACAAAUAUGGAAGGGAAUAGUUGGCAUCCUUUUACAUUUAGCUACGCAACUGCAGCCCCAGAACAUAUCAAAAGAAUAAAGGAUGUCAACCAUGUCUAUUAUGAGACCGAGUACCGGAUAGAGUGGUGCAAAAAUAAUUCUACAUUUGUUCCCUGUUUUUUAUUUGCGAGGAAAUUCUCUCAAGGAGCUGCCAUGCGUCUUUUGAGAGGAGAAGUGGUCGGUCGCUUUGAUACUUCUGCACUAUUUGACAAACCAUCGUGAUCUUUCUUAAUGCUUUAGUAAUCGGUUUAACAGAAGAUCUAACCAUUGGCCAUCCACCUGAGAGUAUAAUUCGGGCUUGGGCAUCAAGUGGAGGUUUGCAGAUAAAUUACACAUUUAUACUCAGAAAAUUUUAUAUAUACUACGCGACAUAGGUUUUAGGUUUUAACUUAACCCAGGUCCAAGGUUCAAGACUGGUAGAGAAAAGAUUUUUUUAUUUUUGUUUGACCUUAUAUUUAGUGAAAUAUUUUGGAAGAGAUUGUCCUGAGAUCAAAUCCAUCAUAUGUUGAUAUGCAGCAUGAGUGUAACACUAGUGGUUAUCAUAUUUUAGAAUGCUGAUUCUCAAUGUUUUGGAUAUAUAUAUAUAUAUUUAUAUAUAUAUAUAUAUAUUCUUGCUCUUCCA